AUGCCGCGAGGGCUGGGCCACACCGUCUCCUUCCUGCUCGAGACGCGCGGCAUCCGGCUAGCCGACCAGCACCUCCAGCGGCGGGUGGCGACGCAGCUCGUCAAGACCGAGGCCAUACUCGACAUGGCGCGCGACCGAGCCGGCGAGGUGUACAAGACGGUCGAGGAUGCGUGGGCAGUGUUUAUACUGGGUCUCGAGGUCGAGAGGCUGGGCUACGUCUUCAGCCAGACGGUCGAGGUGCUCAAUGCGACGUCGUCGAGCCUGGCUCGUAUUCUUUACGAGGGCCACGUGCUCAACACGGUCACCACCGGGACCUACCAGCGUGAGGUGGUGCUGCCGAAGAACGCGGCGUCGGCGUUUCUCGCGCUCGAGCCCGAGAUUAUCGACAGCUACGUGACGAUCAACAUCAUCCCGCUCAAAGUCGGCGAGGAGUAUCCCAUUUUCAGGAUUCCCAGGACUUGA